AUGUUCCAGAAUGAUCUUAAACUUGAGGCAUCUGUUCUUUUAUUGUAUUUUCUUAACAAACAAAACGUGCACCAUGAAGAAAAAAGAAAUAUAAAAAAUGCUAGAAAAUAUGAACAAGAAGAAGAAGAAGAAGAAGAUGAACAAAAAAUCUUUGGCGAAGUGAAGCAGCUGGAAGUCUCAUUUCUGAGAAUUCAUAGCACAUAUAAUAAAUAA